GCCCGAGGAGAAGGCGUGCCGUGGAGGGGCGGCGCGCCCAGGCGGAGGCCGGGUCUCCGGGGAAGGAGGCGGAGCCGCGGGGGCGCCGGGGUCCCUGGGGCGGCGGAGGCCGGAGCGGCCCUGGCCUCCCGGAGGCCGAGCGUGGCUCCUGCCCGCCGCCCCGCGCCCCCAGUGUUGGGCACUGGGCGCACGUAUCCCUGUGGCUGUGGGCUCUUGCGGCCUCAGGAUGCAGAAGGUCUCAGUGUUGCUCUUCCUGGCCUGGGUCUGUUUGCUCUUCUAUGCUGGCAUCACCCUCUUCACCAGUGGCUUCCUUCUCACCCGUUUGGAACUCACCAACUACAGCAGCUGCCAAGAACCCCCAGGCCCUGGGUUCCUGCCAUGGGGGAGCAGCGGGAAGCCUGGGGCCUGCUGGAUGGCCUCCCGGUUCUCCAGAGUUGUGUGGAUACUGAUAGAUGCUCUGCGAUUUGACUUUGCCCGGCCCCAGCGGUCACACGGGCCUGGGGAACCUCCUGUCUCCCUGCCUUUCCUGGGCAAACUAGGCUCCUUGCAGAGGCUCCUGGAGACUCGGCCCCACCACAGCCGGCUCUAUCGAUCUCAAGUUGAUCCUCCCACCACCACCAUGCAGCGCCUCAAGGCCCUCACCACUGGCUCGCUCCCCACCUUUAUUGAUGCUGGCAGUAACUUUGCCAGUCACGCCAUACUGGAAGACAAUCUCAUUAAGCAGCUCAACAGUGCAGGAAGGCGCAUAGUCUUCAUGGGAGAUGACACUUGGAGAGACCUUUUCCCUGGAGCUUUUUCCAAAGCAUUCUUCUUCUCAUCCUUCAAUGUAAGAGACCUGCACACAGUGGACAGCGGCAUCCUGGAGCACCUGUACCCCACUGUGGACAGUGGUGAAUGGGACGUGCUGAUUGCUCACUUCCUGGGUGUGGAUCAUUGUGGCCACAAGCAUGGCCCUCACCACCCUGAAAUGGCCAAGAAACUUAGCCAGAUGGACCAGGUGAUCCAGGGCCUUGUGGCGCGCCUGGAGAACGACACCCUGCUGGUGGUGGCUGGGGACCAUGGGAUGACCGUGAACGGGGACCAUGGGGGGGACAGUGAGCUGGAGGUCUCGGCUGCACUCUUCCUGUACAGCCCAACGCCCCUCUUCGCCCGUGCGCCACCAGAGGAGCCAGAGGUGAUCCCUCAAAUCAGCCUUGUGCCGACACUGGCCCUGUUGCUGGGCCUCCCCAUCCCGUUUGGGAACAUUGGGGAGGUGGUGGCCGAAGUAUUCUCAGGGGGCAAGGACUCUCAGCCUGACGGCUCUGUGCUAGCCCAAGCCUCGGCUCUCCAUCUCAAUGCCCAGCAAGUGUCCCGAUUCCUUCACGCCUACUCAGCCGCCACUCAGGACCUCCAAGUGACGGAGCUUCAUCGGCUGCAGAACCUCUUCUCCAAGGCCUCUGCUAACUACCAGCGGCUUCUGCAGAGCGCGCCUGGGGCUGAGGCAGCGCUGCAGACAGUGAUUACUGAGCUGCAGCAGUUCCUGCGGGGAGCCCGGGCCGUGUGCAUCGAGUCUUGGGCCCGCUUCUCUCUGGUCCGCAUGGCUGGGGGCGCUGCCAUCUUGGCUGCUGCCUGCUUUCUCUGCCUGCUGGCACCCCAGUGGGCAGCUCCCCCGGCCUCCCCUCCCCGCCCUCUGCUGCUGCCCCCUGCGGCCUGGGCCCUCGCUGGGGCCACUCUGUGUGCUGGGUUAUCGGCAGCGACUGGGCUGAAGCUGGAUCUAGUGGUUCUAGGGGCUGUGGCUGCGGCAGGCUCGCUCCUGCCCUUUCUGUGGAAAGCCUGGGGUAGCUGGCGGUCCAGGAAGGCCCUGGCGACCCUGCUUCCCAUCCCUGGGCCUGUCCUGUUGCUCCUGCUCCUCCGCUUGGCCACCUUCUUCUCUGACAGUUUCGUCGUAGCUGAGGCUAGGGCUACCCCCUUCCUGCUAGGCUCCCUCGUCUUGCUCCUGGUUGUCCAGCUGCACUGGGAGGGCCAGCUGCUGGCCCCCAAGCUGCUCACAGUGCCCCGCCUUGGCUCUUCUACCUCAACAGGCCCCCCACGGCACAGUGGUGCAUGUGCCCUGAGGCUUGGCGUUGGGUUGCUUUUGUGUACAAGGCUAGCUGGACUCUUUCAUCGCUGCCCCGAAGAGACCCCUGCUUGCCACUCCUCUCCCUGGCUGAGUCCUCUGGCAUCCAUGGUGGGUGGUCCAGCCAAGAACCUGUGGUAUGGAGCUUGUGUGGGGGCCCUGGUGGCCCUGUUAGUUGCUGUGCGCCUGUGGCUUCGCCACUAUGGUAAUCUCAGGAGCCCGGAGCCCCCGGUGCUCUUUGUGCGCUGGGGGCUGCCUCUAAUGGCGUUGGGUACCGCUGCCUACUGGGCGUUGGUGUCGGGGGCAGAUGAAGCACCCCCACGUCUCCGGGCCCUGGUUGCUGGGGCGUCUGUUGUGCUUCCUCGGGCUGUGGUGGGGCUGGCUGCUGCGGGCCUCGUGCUGCUGCUCUGGAAGCCUGUGACGGUGCUGGUGAAGGCUGGCACAGGUACCCCAAGGACCAGGACUGUCCUCACUCCCUUCUCAGGGCCCCCCACUUCUCAGGCUGACCUGGAGUAUGUGGUCCCUCAAAUCUACCGACACAUGCAAGAGGAGUUCCGGGGCCGGCUAGAGAGGACCACGGCUCAGGGCCCCUUGACUGUGGCUGCCUAUCAGCUGGGAAGCGUCUACUCGGCUGCCAUGGUCACAGUCCUCACCUUGUUGGCCUUCCCUCUCCUGCUGUUGCAUGUGGAGCGCAUCAGCCUUGUGUUCCUGCUUCUGUUUCUGCAGGGCUUCCUGCUCCUGCACCUGCUUGCGGCAGGGGUCCCCAUCACCACCCCUGGGCCUUUCGCUGUCCCGUGGCAGGCUGUCUCGGCGUGGGUCCUCAUGGCCACCCAGACCUUCUACUCCACAGGCCACCAGCCUGUCUUUCCCGCCAUCCAUUGGCAUGCGGCCUUCGUGGGGUUUCCAGAAGGUCAUGGCUCUGCUACCUGGCUCCCGGCUGUGUUAGUGGGAGCCAACACGUUUGCCUCCCACCUGCUCUUUGCAGUAGGUUGCCCACUGCUCCUGCUUUGGCCCUUCCUGUGUGAGAGCCAAGGGCUGAGGAAGAGGCGGCAGCCUGCGGGGAGUGAGGCCGAGGCCAGGGUUGGGCCUGAGGAGGAGGAGGAGCCGCUGAUGGAGAUGCGGCUCCGGGAUGCACCUCACCACUUCAACGCAGCGCUCCUGCAGCUGGGCCUCAAGUACCUCUUUGUCCUUGGCGUCCAGAUUCUGGCUUGUGCCUUGGCAGCCUCCAUCCUCCGCAGGCAUCUCAUGGUCUGGAAGGUGUUCGCCCCCAAGUUCAUUUUUGAGGCCAUCGGCUUCAUUGUGAGCAGCGUGGGACUUCUCCUGGGCAUAGCUUUAGUCAUGCGUGUGGACGGUGCCGUGAGCUCUUGGUUCAAAAGACUAGUUCUGGCCCAGCAGAGGUAGCCAAGGCUGUGGAUGCUGGUACUCCGCUCCAGGGGCAGCUGGAGAGGAGCCUGGCCUGGCCUGCACAGGCGCUGCAUGACCUGCCAGAGAGGCUGAGCCAUGCCUCUUACGGCCACACAGUCAGGGGCUGCAGGCUGUGGGCUUUAUUUCAGAGUUCAGUUCACAGUGGAGCCUGCUCCGUCUUGCCUGACAAGGCUGCCUCUGAUGGAUGAAGCGGGGGGCCUCCAAAGUGGGAUAAAAUAGUAACGUAAGCACGCGUGCCUGAGGUCUAGGGGGGACACCCUCUUGUCCCAUAAGGGCUGGAAGUGUCAGGCUCUGCUUCCACAAGCACAGACGGGACCGUUCGUCUUCGGCUGGGCUGGCUGGACUUGAGAGCCUCUGGCACGAGGUUGAGCUCACUGCCCCCAUCUCUGAGUGUUCCACCUGCCAUUUCCUUUGCCACUCGACGUUUCUCAAGUUCUUACUGUUCGGCUGGUAGCAGCGGGGACUGAAAAUACAAGCCCAGGCCUCCUGGAGCACACAGCCUUUUCCUGUCUGAGGCCUGAAGCAGUGCGGUGUCCCUGCCUUUCCACGGCCUUUCACUGUACGACACCCUUCGCCCUUCAGGUCUAUGGAAGCCUCCCUAGUGUCCCAACUUGUGCUGCCUUUGUCAGACCCACUCAGCCGUCUUACAGAGCAUUUUGCCUGGUCCCAUUGAUUACUGUUGACUUGAAGCCAAAACUAUGAAUAGAAUGCUUCUCUUGGGUGUUUCCUAUGCCUUAUGUUCACCCUACACUCCAGUGUCAA